AUGGAGGACGAGCGGUCAUUUACAGUCGAGAUUCCGAUUCGGCCUCGUGAGCCGCGUCACCGCGAUUCGACUCUUGCCACGCAAGCCAAAUUCGAAGAGGUCAUUCACUCCCCAUUUGAGCACCACUUCCGCCUGUCGCAGCCGCAACAUCAGCAACAAAAAUGUCCAGAAGGUCUAAAAAUCGUCUCGGGCGCGUUCGGCAAGACAUUCCGCGAUCGGUCGCCGACCUCUUCGACGAUGAGCUCGACUCAUGUCCCGGACUCUGCGACAACAUGCUCCAUGCCCAUGUCUCCUACUUCAUCAACAUUUACAAGGGCGACCACCCCGGACAUCGACGGGCCGGACCGCUUGCCAACCCCCUUUCUCGCAUCGAGGUCCGGGACGAAUGGCCAUCGGUACCGGGAGUCAUGCGACUCGGGCUCGACGUUCGUGGACUCUAUCCACGACGAGAGAUUUCCGGCGUAUCCGGAGUCCAUCGGCAUGGGGCACAAGGCUGACCCGCCCCCGCACAUGGAUAUUAGCGAGCCGGAGGAUGACGGGCAGAAUGACAUGCAUCACACAGCAGGUACACCAAGGCCGCCGACGCCGGAUGAAGCUCCCGAGUCGCCUCGCGAGGCGCCUAUUCCUCGGCGGCCACUGAACGAACGGAUGAGCUUUGACUCUGGCUCCGAUCGUCUUUCGCGAGCGUGGGAGCCGGUCACACCAACACCGAUUGACUUCUCCAACGAGGAGGCCGAUGCCGUUCUUGACUAUAUCCUUCAGGUGACGUACGGUGUCGAGCUCGACGAGGUUAACAUGCCACCGUCAUUUCUUCGCCAGUUCGUCUUCAGGUUCAUACAAGACAUCGGCAGGUUUGCGUUUGCCGGGUUUCCUGUCGCGACACAACUGACGCACACGACAUCGACCUCUUCCAGUGGCUCGAUGCCCUUGGCGAGGAGAUCGGGAUCUGGCCGGGGGUCUCAGAACGGCAAACGAAAGAAGGGCGAGGCGGGCCGCCUGGAUGGAGAUGAUGACGGCGACGACUUGACCGACGAUGACGGCGAUUCGAGCAUCCCUUUCAAAAGAGCCAGACCGACGCCCAGGGAGGCAGACGAGAACCUGCGCCUCAGCUGCCCCUUCCGAAAGAGGAACCCGCAUCGGUUCAACGUCAGAGAGCACCACUCCUGCGCGAUGACUUACUUUCCAAAGUUCGCCGAGUUGAGGCAACACAUUGUCAAGCAGCACAAGCGGAAUGACCCCUCGUCGUUCAUGUGUGAUCGCUGCAACCGAGACUUUCCCAGCAAGAAGGACCUCCGAGACCACCAACGCCUGCCUAGAGAGCAGAUGUGCGACGUCUCCGAUCACGACCCCGAGUCGGGUAUUGACGGCCCCACGAUGACGAAGCUGUUGAGCAGAAAGCGCGCAAGUGGCAUGACCCCCGAGGUGCAGUGGAAGGAAAUUUGGAACCUCCUGUUUCCAGACGAUGAUGACUACAAGGUCCAACCCUUCGAUUUCUGCCCUGUCAUUGAGCACUUCGAGUUGCAAGCCCAAUUCAUGAACAGUCUCAAAGAUGUAGAAGAGAGCCUCCGGAACAAAGGCAUGACUCCACAGGCACUGGAGACCAUUGGCAACAUCUACCGUAACCAGUUUAUCCAAGUCAUCGAGCAGUGCAUCGCCAACGCUCAGAUGAUGCCCUACUCCAACAGGAGCAACCGAAAGAACGACCCGUCGCCCUCCCGCUUCGUAGCCCCCCGACAUUUAACCCGCAACGUCCCCCGCCCGGACUCGGGUGUAGACCUUGACGAGGGCUCCGAGGAUAGCCAGUCUGUCGCUGUCUUUCCCGGGGGCGUUUUUGACGGACAGGGCAUGUUGGGUCAUUCGGACAGUGUGAGGACCGUGAGACGAGUGUCUUCCACGUCGUCGGAAUUCAGGAACUCGGUGCCUCCACGGACACUGCAGCCUCUUAUGGAGCAGCUGCCAGCCUCGGAAUUCAGUACUGGAGGUUCUCCGCAACAGCUGAAGCAAUCUCCUUCGCAACAACAGCAUCAGCAUUUGCUACAACAACCCUCAGUAUUCAACCAGCAGGCUGAUUACAUGCCCAUUGUUGGUGGGAUGACGCCGGACAUGGCAGCACAGCUUUGGGUCUACCGCGGCGGAGACGUCGAGACGGGAGCUUCGCCAGCUCAGAUGAGCAUGUACGCACCGGCAAUGGAUGCUAAUGGGCAGAAUCAGUUCCUGGAUUGGAACUCAGGACUGCAGGAUCAUGAUGGGAUGUACAGCUUUUCGGGAUAUAUGCCUCGUUAA